AUGUCGGACACAUCACCAGAGCAGCCCUUAGAUACCCUGUAUAGUCCCAGGGCAAUUGGACAAAUCCCCCGGAGAGGAGGAUAUGUCAACAGGUUCAAGUUCCAGAGGGAGAGACUAAAAGCACUGCAGACCUUCGAGGAUAAAUUUCCAAAGAGCUACCCUAUCAAGAAAACUUUACCCAAGCUAGCUCACCUGAGACUGGAUAGAGAGGACACUAAUGUUUCUUCUAUCAGCUCCAAGUCUAUAGAGACCAUAAAACUACCAUCAGUCAGUUCCAACUCCAAGAGGUCACUCCAUGCCAAGACUGACCCUCCUCUGCGGACACUGCAUCUCAGGUGCUUUGCUGUAAAAAUAUUUUUCAUCCAAAAAUUAAUAUAUUUGCAGCUGUACCCUGACCAUUUCUCCAGGAUUGCCCAUUCUCUUCCAAGCCUGCCAUCCAUCCCAGGCUCCCCAGGACCAAUCCAGGCCAACGCAUCCCCUGCAGAAGCUUCCCCUGACAAUGAAGUUGCCCUUGAACCUCAGUCCAAGCCAGUCGUUAUACCCAGCAAACAUAGAUACGAGGUCAUUGCCUUUCAGAAGACCAUCCACACAGAAAAACAUGAGAAUGGCGGCAUUGGAAACCAUGGAAAAUUCCGAAAACACACUCUAUACCAUCUUGAUGAAAGCCCCCAGAAAUCUGCCCGAGAGGAAGAUGGGAAAAAGCAGGUAGACAUUCCUCCACUAAUGAUCAAAGCACCAGUUAAACAUAAGCGACGACCACGUAGAUCUGAGCACAGUAGUGAUGCCAACAGUGAUGGAGCCUUAGCACACAGGAAGUGGAAAGAGAACUGUGGGUGUUUGCGUUGUCAAAUGAUCAAGCGAUACUGGAGUGAAGGCGAUUCUCAGUAUAAGAUCUGGGGGGAGUAUCCCUGUCACCAUGUUGACCCUAAGGCUGUUGCUGAUGAAGACAACUAAGAGGACUUUCAUGUUACAACAAACAGUUUCUCUGCCAGACACUGUUUUAUCAGUUUAAAAAGGUUCACUACAUCUGAAAGCAGAAAUAUGAAGCUUUUCACAAGAUAUUCAUUUCUGUUCAUGCAGGAACGCAUCAGAACAAAUGUUCAUUUCUUUCACAAAUGUAAAUAUGUAUUGACUUUUCGACAUUCGAAGCAGUUUGCUGAAACAGUAUUGUCAGUGUGGAUAUUUAUAUUAUCAUACAGACAUCCUUUAUAUAU